AUGAACAUGUUUCUUUUCAUGCUGUACCUCGCUCUGCCGAAGUUCCAUGACAAUGAGGCCUAUUUUUGGCUCUUUCUCUACUUCUUGCACCAAAAACGAUUACUGGAAAAGCCUGCAGGUUUAGCACAAGAAGGAUUAGCAGAAAAGCUCCGACAGAGGCUUACUCCGACAGAGGUCCUUACUCCGACAGAAGAUCUUCAUGGAGCGGUAUUAGUACAACAAGAAAGUAGUGCUAUUGGAGAAAAAUUGUGGGAUUCUGAGAAGACAAUGGAAAGUGACCGUAGACUUCUAGUAGGCGAGAAACUAGUUCAAGGUUCGUCAAAAUCGCCCUCAAGUCCAUCGACAACGCCCUCAACGUUGUCACCUGUAUCCUCACCGGCGUCUUUACCAGCGUCUUUACCAGGGUCACCAACAUCUUAUUUACCCGAUACUUUACGUUUAUCAUUGUCCUCGACGCUUCAAUGUUCCUCGCCAUCCUUUAGAUUGUCACCAAGAGCUGCUUCAACAGCACUUCUAUCACUGUCGCCAAGUAGAUCCUUGCCGUCGUCAAGAACUACUACAGUCACGAGGACAUCACCGCCACCAAGGGAAUCUCUUAUUUCAGCCGGACCUGGAUUACCACUAGAAGCCUCAACAAGGUCGCGAUCUCUUUCCGGAGAACAAGAUGGCAUGAAAAAUGACGUGAAAAAUGCUGUAGUCGAACUACUGCUGGAUCAGAAGUGGGUAGUAGAUUUAAACAAAUGCUGCGACAUGGUAGCGAUGGGCCUGUUUUCAUCUAUGGAAGAGACUACAGCCCCAAGACGCAUUUUCGGACUGGGCAUGCGUUACCUCUUUUCAGUUCCGGCGGAGUACGCAAGGAGGAUCUUCUAUUCGACAUUGGCCUUUGGAUUCGCUUUGAAGGGGGAUGGGAGACUUAUGGCAAGAGAAAACUGUCAGUCGUAGUCGUGGAAUUAUGUUUUUAUUUCUUUAGAAUUGAAUAGAGCCUGUUUUGUCCCGGACAACGCGGCCUGGCCGUAGAGCCGCGGACCUUUAACCUUGAACCUUAAAAGCAAGUAGGCUUUCUUUGUGGUAUCCUUUCCUUUUACCACGCCGCUCAAUGAAACGCAUGCGCUGCUGCUGUUUCGAUUUAUAAUCUGCGUCAAAUUUUAUACUAACAAAUAUACCUUCUAACUUACUAAAAGCUCCUGCGUUAGACUCCAGUUACAACAGUUAUCUCUCUGGAGGUAUUCCGAACGAUGAAAAGGAUCGAGGUGCCAUCUUCCGCAGAACGAUUCGACUCGCUGCGUCAGACUGGCUUAGUGACGAAGAACAACAUGUGAGCAUUUUGAUGGGUCGGAUCUUCUUCGGUACGUUUGCACAGUUGAUGCCCCACGAUCUGACUACACACUUGAUACUGUUAUGGGGAUUCACCUCAAGACAACACACUGUUUUCAUCGGAUCCUAUUCCAUUUGAUACAUGAUCUAAUACCCGACAAAGCACUGAGACAAGGAAGCUACGAACGCGUCUACGUGGUGGCGACGCUCGCUCUCUUCAAUCUACUCUACGAUUACUUUGUCAGUGCGGAAAACACAGAAGGAGGUACUUCAAACUAUGAUUCGAUACGAUUCAAUUGUUGAGUUGUAGUCGUAUUUAUCAAUGCGGAUCAUCGCUCAGGAGUUUUUUUUUAGUUAUGCUUGCCGUGUAAGACUUUCUCAUCGUGACUCACGAUGAAUCUAAAUAUUUUUCUCAGGUGGAUCAUCUAAUUUUCAGGCUCCUCUGACGCGCUACUGAUGCUUUUUCAUGACCCCUGGAAGAAAGCUCUGCAAUACGUCACCAUAGAGGAAUUUAUGGAAGCUUGACUGUACUAGAUGGAUUUUUUUUUACUACUCGUACACUGAUUCCUUUGAGAAAAGGGAAGAAUGAGUCGACAUUUAUCAAAACAGAUUUAUAGUUUUGACUCAAAAAACCCUAUCGAGAUCAUUCUUAGUUGAUACUCUACCGAGAAGAACUUCGUUCCUAUGCUUGUCAGGACUUGAUGCAUCAUCAUCAAGAUGAACUUUCAUAAUCUGGGUCACAGCUAUCGAAAGUGCGUGGACUCAGUUGGGCGGGGAAAGCUUCGGCAUCGAGCUAUUCCGAAGUCCACCUUUACUUGGUAUGGCAGGUUAAAAACAAGAUGUUGACGGUGUUGACUGGAGAGUUGUGGUCUCAUUAAAAGUUGUAAUUGGAGGUUCUACUACUAUGUGACUUCUAGGCCUGAACAACGACGCACAAAAAGUUGAUCGAUUCAUGAAAACUGCAAAUCAUAGAAUCAUAGGGACUACGUCUUUUCACAAGGAAGCGUGCUUCAAUCGUUUUCCUAGAAGUGCCGAAUUAGUUCCACUUUUGCUAGUCUCUGCUCUAAACGCUCAGCUGUUGGAGGCACGAAUCCGUAUGCGGCAGACGCUGCGACUGGGAUCGAUUUAUCACGCAUGCAGAUUCUGUAUGACGUAGAGCGCGGAGCUCGGGAAGAUGAGGUAAGGACUUAGCGAAACGAAAAGCUGGUAGUUUCAUCUGUAGUUUCUGUUUUCUAUCACUGAGAACUCGAUGAGGAGGUGUUAAUCAUCGUACUUGCACUUUGCGGGAAGCAUUUCUUCUAGGAUGCGCAUCACCCAGGCUUUCAUCACCUCUCUUCUAACACAAACGGAGGAAGUGAGCGGUCUUUUAAGCCGGUCCCGGUUCCCGAAGCUACUUCGAUCCAAUGGAUGGAACAGUUUUGUCAAUAGCAUUUUUUGAAUUUUCCUAGUAAAUGUGAUUUUCAUCGUCCUCUCUCGAAGAUGAACUACUUGAAGAAGAUGAUUUUCUUAGUACCUCCUAGAAUGAACAAUACUUUCGAUAUUAUGAAUCCUUGUCAUAGAUCUAUUUGCUUAAUAAAGAUUUGAUUUUCCUAGGUGUCAUUUUUGAUGAAUACUUUCAUUACCAGUUGUUGUCUGUUACCAUUGAGCAACAGGUUGUCCUUGUCGACUAGAGUCUCCAGAAGUGAAAUAUAUGUAUCAAGUAUAUCUUUUACUAUCUAGUAAUCUGAAUCUAGAUCAUCUGAAUCUAGUAGACCACUUUGCAACCGAUGAUUGAUUUUUUGUUCAUACCCGAUCGAACUUUCGACAUCAUAGGGAAAUGCUCGUUACUGUUGUCUGCAAUAGAACAUUUUAGCGAACAAACACAUGGAGCCAUUUAUUGCUGAAGAAUCCUACAUCGAGUCAUACUACUAGUGCCUGACUGAGUUUAUGCACAUUCACACAGCAAUCGACGGAGAUGAAAGACGGAGAAAUUUGAAUACUAUUCGACUGUGAUUGUUGUCGCAGAAGACUCCGUGCAUGUGUUGUUGUUCGACAGGCCUGCACUCAAUAUUCGAAGGUCUCGCAUAGAGACAAACACUCGAU